AGCGACUUCCUUUCAAACUGUAAAAAGAAUACAGAAAUAGAACUUUCACCAACUGAAAGCUUCGAACUUGCCAACAAUGGCGACGGAGACGACUCUCUUACUUGUUCUUCUAUCAACUUCAAUUUUCUUCGUUGAAUCCGGCGACACCAACCACGUGUACUCGCCAUGCUCUGACACGACGGUUCAGAUCGACGAUGGAUUCACCUUCGGCAUCGCCUUCGCUCAGCGCACAAGUUUCGUCUACAACAAUUCCCUUCAGUUGUCUCCCUGCGACCGUAGACUCUCUCUCUCCUCCUCCAACUCGCAGAUCGCUGUCUUCAGACCCAAAGUUGACGAGAUCUCUCUCCUCACUAUCAAUACUUCGUCCUUUUCUCGGGAUAGCUAUGGUGGGUAUAUGGUUGCAUUUGCUGGUCGCAAAUAUGCUGCUAGGUCUCCCUAUGCUUUUGUUGCAAACGCCACAUACACUGUAACCAGCUUUACCCUGGUGCUUGAGUUUCAGAAGGGCAGGCUACAAAACUUGUAUUGGAAAAGGGAUGGCUGUGCUAAAUGUGCAGGACAAUCUAACUUUGUCUGUCUCAACAAUGUAGAUUGUGCAAUCAGAACUUCCAGCUGCAAGAACCAUGGAGGUUCUGUAGAUUGCAGCCUUGGAAUACAAUUGGCAUUCUCUGGCACGGAUAAGCACCUUGCAGUCCUCAACUCAUGGUAUGAAGUGGAGAACCUUCAACAAUACUCACUGUAUAGCCUUUAUUCAAAUCUAAGGGAUUCUCUCACGAGCCAGUAUAAUAAUUUCUUCUAGUUGUGCUUCAGAUUGUUUAUAGAUCUUUUUCUACCUCACGGCUGUAAUUUUUCCCAUGUAUUUUAAUGGAAAAUGGCUCUACAUCACUCUUGAUCUUUGAGUUUUCUCUCUUCCCGGUUUAUUGUUAUUGUUAUGAUGUGUAAAUUUGUUUACUUCACUGAUAUAUCAAAAUUAUUACAUUGCAGUUCCCCUUUUUUCA